UCUUGCUUGAACUUAUAGCUUUUUAGGAUACUGGAAAGACUACUGUGAAGCUUAAAGCUAAUGUUUUAAAAUCAAUUUCAAAAAACCGUAUUUUUUGCUGCUUGUGUUUUGGAGAAUUCUAUUCAACCCUGGAAUAGAGUUGUGAAAAAUGCCUUCCUGCGACAGUGAAAUAACUGACAUCGAGGACUUUGUAAUUCACGAGGACGUCACACCAGUAAACAGAACAAACGCGCGAAAAGACGUUUUACCGAAGAGCAGAAAACUAGCUAAAAAGGAUCGCGUGAAAGAAGAAGAAGAAGUUCCUGUGGGCGAUAGUAUUAUCCCUGGAACACAGAGCAUUUAUGUCCGCACGUGGGGAUGCUCACAUAAUAACAGUGAUAGCGAAUACAUGGCGGGACAACUGGCUGCUUAUGGAUACAAAAUUACAGACGAUGAGCAAUGUGCAGACUUAUGGCUACUCAAUAGUUGUACUGUGAAAAGUCCAGCUGAAGAUGGCUUCCGUAAUGCCAUCAAGAAGGCCAAGGAACAAGGGAAACAUCUAGUUGUAGCAGGGUGUGUGCCUCAAGGCCAACCAAGACACGACACAGUCAAAGGAAUAAGUGUUGUUGGGGUGCAGCAAAUUGACAGAGUUGUUGAAGUUGUAGAAGAAACUUUAAAAGGUCACACUGUUCGUUUGUUUGGUCAGAAGAAGGCAGAUGGUAAAAAGACAGGGGGUGCCUCACUGGAUUUGCCGAAGAUCCGCAAAAAUCCACUCGUUGAAAUUAUUGCCAUUAAUACUGGAUGUCUAAAUCAAUGCACUUAUUGCAAGACCAAACAUGCAAGGGGGGACCUGGGUAGUUACCCACCAGAGGAAAUUGUCAAUAGGGCCAAACAAGCUUUUAACGAGGGUGUGGUGGAAAUGUGGCUCACAUCGGAGGACACUGGUGCUUAUGGUAAAGACAUUGGUGUGACACUACCUGAGUUACUAUGGCAACUUGUUAAAGUCAUCCCAGAAGGCGGGAGAAUGCGUAUCGGCAUGACCAAUCCACCUUAUAUACUGGAGCACCUUGAGGAGAUGGCCAAGAUAUUAAACCAUCCCCGUGUGUAUUCCUUCCUGCAUGUGCCAGUACAGAGUGCCUCUACUAAUGUACUCGCUGACAUGAAGAGGGAGUACAUCGCUGAGGAUUUUGAGCAUGUAGUCAACUACCUUAGACAACGAGUUCCAGAUCUUACUAUUGCCACGGACCUGAUUUGUGGCUUUCCCACAGAAACCGAAGAUGACUUCCAGAAAACUUUGGAUCUUGUAAAAAAGUACAAGUUUCCAAGUUUGUUUAUCAAUCAAUUUUACCCACGACCUGGAACCCCUGCAGCAAGAAUGAAGCGACUCCCAACAGAAGAGGUCAAGCGACGCACCAGAGAAGUGUCGAAGCUGUUUCAAUCGUAUACUACCUACGACCACAAGGUUGGAGCUGUACAGGAGGUUCUUGUCACUGAAGAGUCUCACGACGGAGUGCAUUACGUUGGCCACAAUAAGGCCUAUGAUCAGGUGCUCGUGAAAAAAGAUGAGGGCGAACUGAUGGGGAAGAUUGUCAAGGUUGAGAUGACGUCAUCCGGGAAGCACUACCUGAUGGGAAGGGUCAUGCAAGAUGAGCCCGCACGCUCUCCCGGACUCACACAGCCGCUACCAAAAGGCGCGGUCAGCGGCAUGACAACAGAGAAACUUCAGAUGGAGAGCCCGCAAUCGCAUAAUAAAUGGGUGAAGCUGGCAGCGGUUGUACUCUUGCUGGCUGUCCUAGCGGACGCCGUGAGGCUUGCAUUAUCCUGGGCCUGGGGCUAAUGCAAGUCUCACCACGAUAGAACCUGGUUAAAGGGACUGGGACUAGUCUCACCACGUUAGAACCUCGUUGAAGGGACAGGGACUAGUCUUACCACGGUAGAACCUCGUUGAAGGUUCUUGGUCAUCCGCAUGAAGUAGUAAACGCUUAAAUCAUGCGGUCUUAGCGUGGCCCAUGGGAAAUUUUACUUAACAGGAAAAAGAUGGGACAGAUAUCUUCAAUAACAAGCUGAGGAAUACUGCAACUUUUCGGUGAAAAAAAUUCCAACAAUGGAAAUACAUUUAAGAUUAAUUUGGUCAAAUUACCAAAAGCCGAAUGGGUACUUUAUGAACAAUGAACAAUUUAGAUUGACUACCCUGUCUUAUAUACUGUAUUUUCAGUAUCGGUCUAUCGAAAAUGUACCGAUGUUUUAAGCUAAUUAAUAAAUGCUAAGAUUUUAUCAAAA